AUGUUUGCAAAACGUAUGCAAGGUUUUGCUGGAAGCGAAGGUUUACCUGGACCUAAAGGUCAAAAAGGAGAAGGUGGACCCACAGGCCCAUGGGGUCCUAAAGGAGACCGCGGAAAGACAGGAGUUCCUGGAUAUCCUGGCACGCCAGGUAUACCGGGACAAGUAGGAUCACCAGGUGUUCCUGGUAUUCCAGGUAUUGAUGGUUGCAACGGAACUGACGGUUUGACAGGAUUACCCGGUUUAGCUGGUAACCCAGGUCCAAGAGGAUAUCCUGGUCAAUUAGGAGUGAAAGGAGAAAAGGGUGAACCUGCUCAGAUUCUUGAUACAAAUUAUCAAAAAGGUCAGAAAGGAGAACCUGGCUUUGAUGGAAGAAUUGGUAAUCCUGGAUUGCCAGGUUUGGGUGGAGAUCGAGGUCAACCGGGAGAGAAAGGAUAUGAUGGUAUUGAUGGUCAAAGAGGAGACAAGGGAGACAGAGGUGAAAAAGGAGAAUGCUUAAAAGGUCCACCUGGUGAAAAAGGAGACACUGGAAGUGUGGGAGAGGUCAUUGGUAAACCCGAGACCAUUGUUGGACCAUAUGGUGUACCUGGUGCAAUCGGUGAUAAAGGUGAUAGAGGAUUUGAUGGACGUGACGGAAGUCCAGGAGAACCAGGAUUGCCCGGCUUGAGAGGUGAUAACGGAGAGAAGGGUCUUCCUGGUCAACCAGGUUUAAGAGGUCGUGACGGUCCAUUUGGUCCUCCAGGACCUCCAGGACAAAAAGGUGACAGAGGUCCGGAGGGGUUGCAUUGCUUAGAUGGACCUCAAGGGCAAAAAGGAGAAUCUGGAAGAGAUGGGCAACCUGGUCAAAUGGGUCUUAUUGGUCCACCUGGACCUCCAGGUGGUGGAAAAGGGACUCCCGGUCCACCAGGACCUGCUGGUCCAAGAGGUUUCAGAGGACUUCCUGGUCCUAAAGGCUUAGAUGGACUUUCAGGAGAGAGAGGCCCUAAAGGAUUCCAAGGAUUGAAAGGUGGACCAGGAUUACCUGGAAGACCUGGAGCUGAAGGUUUCCCAGGUGAUAAAGGUGAAAAGGGAGAUGCAGGUCGAAGUGGAUUGCCUGGAUUACAGGGCCCUCGAGGUUUCCCUGGACCAGUUGGACCUGAAGGUCCAAGAGGAGAAACAGGAGAAGCUGGAAUAGGCAUCAACGGUGAAAAGGGUGAUCAAGGAAUACCAGGUUUCCCUGGAAUUCCAGGACGAAAAGGAGAUCGAGGUUUUAAGGGUCAAACUGGUGCUCCUGGUGAUUCAAGAGAUGGUAGACCAGGUUUGCCAGGUCGUGCCGGAACACCAGGUCAAAAAGGUGAACCAGGUCAACAUGGUUUACAUGGUUUGAAAGGAGAUCGUGGUGAUAAAGGAGAUAUCGGUGGAAGAUGUUCUGAUUGCAGACCAGGAUUCAAAGGCGACAAGGGAGAAAGAGGAUUUGAUGGACUUCCUGGCUCUCCUGGAUUGGUGGGAAUUUCUGGUGAGAAAGGUUUCCCAGGAUUAAGAGGUGAAGAUGGAAACCCAGGACCUCCUGGUCCACCUGGCCCUAAAGGUACUGAUGGAAGAGACGGUUCACCAGGUCCUGAAGGACCAAGAGGAGAUUCAGCUCAGAUUUCAUGGGAUCUUGUAAAAUCAGAAAAAGGAGAUAAAGGUCUUCGUGGUUUCCCAGGAAGAGAUGGACCAAAAGGAAAUCAAGGAUUAAGAGGGUACCCUGGGCUUCCAGGAAUGAAAGGUGACCAGGGCCCUGCUGGUGAAAUUGGACGACAAGGUCUUCCUGGCUUAGAUGGUGUUCCAGGACGAAUGCCUGGAAUUACUGGUGAGAAGGGAGACAUUGGCCUGAGAGGUCUUCAAGGAUUACCAGGUCAGCAAGGUCCUCAAGGUUUGCCAGGUCCUGUUGGACCUAGAGGCUUACCAGGUCCAAGAGGCGAGAAAGGUUUCGCUGGUGCUGUAGGAUUCCCUGGUAACCCCGGUAAAGACGGAUUGCGAGGAUUGCCAGGUUUACCUGGAGAUAAGGGACAAAAAGGAGAACAAGGAUUAUCAGUUGCUGGUCCACCUGGACCUAAGGGAAAUGUCGGCUUUUCUGGAAGAAAAGGAGAACGUGGUGACUCCGGAUCGAGAGGUUUGGAUGGUAUCCAAGGAUUGCCAGGAUAUCCAGGUGAAAAGGGAGAUGCUGGUGAAGCCGGUACUCCGGGACCACCUGGAAUGACAGGCAUGAAAGGUGAUCAAGGACCAAAAGGACCUCAAGGUCUUCCUGGUCCAAUGGGUCGUCCUGGUAUGGACGGAAUUCCUGGACACGAUGGAAUGAAAGGAGAAAAUGGUAAUCCUGGUAUGGUUGGAAUGCCUGGCUUGAAAGGAGAUAGAGGUUUCCCAGGAAAUGAUGGACCUAAAGGUUAUCAAGGCGCAAAGGGUAAUCCAGGUUUAAGAGGACUUCCGGGACCUCAAGGAUUUGAAGGUUUGAAAGGAGAACGAGGCGAGAAAGGAGACAAAGGUGAUCAAGGUUUUGAUGGUUUGCCUGGUGUAACUGGACCUCCUGGAGCUCCUGGUUUGAAAGGAGAUAUUGGACCAAUUGGAUCCCCAGGUUUAGAUGGAUUACCAGGUCUUGAAGGAGAAAAGGGAGAUAGAGGAUUCCCUGGUCAAACUGGAGCUAAGGGUGAAGCUGGAGAUGUUUCAGAAAAAGGACAAAAAGGAGAAGCAGGACCACCAGGCCUUCGUGGCGUUGAUGGCAGACCAGGAAUAGAUGGAUUCCCCGGACCCAAAGGUGACGCUGGUCUCCCAGGAUUUGGACAACCAGGUUUACAAGGUUUUAAGGGAGAUCCAGGUAGAGAUGGUCUCGAUGGUCUUUCAGGAUUAGAUGGAGCAAAGGGUGAUAUGGGAUUAACUGGUUUCCCUGGAGUGAAAGGUGAUAAGGGCAAUAUGGGUCCAAAUGGUAUUCCUGGUUCACCAGGUUUAGACGGAUUGAAAGGAAAUGAAGGAGCACCAGGUUUAAGAGGUUUUGAAGGACCUAAGGGUGACAAAGGAAAUUCUGGAGCACCAGGUUUUAACGGAGAGAAAGGUGACCAAGGAGAACCUGGUUUAACAGGACCUGUUGGAUAUCCUGGUUUGAAAGGAGACCGUGGUCUUACUGGUGAUCGAGGUUUGCCUGGACCUGUAAAUGAAAUUCGUGGAGAAAAGGGAGAUCAAGGAUUGCCUGGAAUUGUUGGGCUACCUGGACCUGCUGGAUUACCAGGAUUGCAAGGAGAACCAGGCUUGCCAGGACUUAAGGGAGACACUGGAUCUCCAGGUCCAGUUGGUUUACCAGGAAUGGAUGGUAUCCAGGGUCAGAAAGGUGAUCAAGGAAUGUUUGGAGAAAGAGGUGACAUGGGCCCUGCAAUUAAAGGAGAAAAAGGUUUGCCCGGACGACCUGGCAAAAACGGUCGAGAUGGUUUGAUUGGUGCUGCUGGAGAAAAAGGUGAUAAGGGCUUAGCAGGAUUAAAUGGUGCACCAGGAGUUAGAGGAUUACCAGGUCCAAUGGGAAGAUCCGGCGAAAAAGGAGAUCGUGGUUUACAAGGUUUGCCUGGAACAUCUGGCCGAGAUGGUCUUCCUGGAAUUGAAGGAAGAAAAGGUGAACGUGGUUACACUGGAGCUAAAGGUGAACAAGGGUUGCCUGGCCCAGUUGGUUUCCAAGGAGAGAAAGGUGAUCAAGGUUUCCCAGGUCCAAGCGGAUUGAAUGGAAUUCCGGGAAUGAAAGGCGAUAAGGGUGAUCAAGGACAACCUGGUUUCGAUGGUCCUCAAGGUUUUGUUGGAGACAAGGGCAUGAGAGGGCCACCUGGAAAAGAUGGUUUACCGGGCUUGACCGGAGAAAGGGGAGAAAAGGGUGAGGCUGGUCUUUCAGCACCUCCACCUUUGAGAGGUCAACCUGGUCAAAUUGGUAGACCUGGUGAUAAAGGUGAUCGUGGACUGACUGGAGAACCUGGACUUAUUGGAUUGCAAGGGGAACGUGGUGAACAAGGUGAAAUCGGUUUACAAGGAUUAGAAGGUCCACGUGGACCACCUGGAUUAAGAGGCGAAAUUGGUUUGACUGGUGCACCUGGCCGUGAUGGAGUCCCUGGAUUACAAGGUGUGAAAGGAAACCCUGGAGCUCCAUGCUCAUCAGCACCAGAUUACUUAACUGGUAUCCUGUUAGUCAAGCACAGUCAAUCAGAAGACAUCCCACAAUGUGAACCUGGACACGUUAAAAUCUGGGAUGGUUACUCUCUCAUGUACGUUGAUGGUAAUGACUACCCAGCUAAUCAAGAUUUAGGAUCACCAGGUUCUUGUGUUCGUAAAUUCUCAACUAUGCCUGUGAUGGCAUGCGGUCAAAACAAUGUUUGUAAUUAUGCAUCAAGGAAUGACAGAACCUUCUGGUUAUCGACUUCCAAAGAAAUUCCUAUGAUGCCUGUAUCCGAUUAUGAAAUGAGACCAUACAUCUCCAGAUGUGUCGUUUGUGAAGUCCCAUCAAAUGUUAUUGCUGUUCACAGUCAAUCGUCACAAAUUCCUGAAUGUCCUUAUGGAUGGGAUGGACUUUGGAUCGGUUGGACCUUCCUUAUGCACACUGCUGUUGGACAUGGCGGUGGUGGUCAAGCCCUUUCUGGACCGGGAUCUUGCUUGCAAGAUUUCCGUGCUACACCAUUCAUUGAAUGUAAUGGUGGAAAAGGACAAUGCCAUUAUUACGAAACAAUGACCAGCUUCUGGAUGGUGACAGUUGAACAACAACAGCAGUUCAGAACACCCGAACAACAAACGCUCAAAGCAGGAAACCUUCAUACUAAAGUAUCAAGAUGUCAAGUGUGCAUACGAAAUUAGACAAUCUUUCUGCUUAACUGAUAUUUCUCUCAUUCUUUUUUUAAACAUAAUUGUUUGCUACAAAUUUUAUCGAUUAAAUGUGCCAAUAUUUUUUCAAUUCCCUUCUCUUCCUUUAAAAAAUAUACCAAAAGAAAUCAAACAUAAGAAAAAAAUCAAAUUUUUUGCCAUUAAAUGCUUUUCUCGUCAAUUGUCAUACGUUACCAAACUUAAGAUAAUUAAGCUAACUAAAUGAUUCUUAAUCCGUUUCUUGAAAGAAAUAAAACUCAUCGGUAAACAAUCGGCAAACGAUUAGCAAAGAUUAAUUAAGUUUAGAUUUUAUGCCACUGAUACUGCCUCUUUUUUUGAUUAAAUGUAAUCUUUUAUUUGUUCUAUUUUUGUAUGAGACAACAUUAUCAUAAAAUGUGUUUUCUUAAAAACCUCUUCAAGCAUUUUUCGACGCCAUAGUAAACUUAAAACCAGUCUUCAGAAUGUAAAUGCAAUAUUUUUGAAUCAAAUAAAAUGAAUAAAUAAUAAAAUGUUUCUGUCACUUCAUAAUUAUAUUUUAAUUGAACAUCUCUGAAAAAUUUAA